AUGUAUGUGAAAUGGUUUGAUACAGUAAUGUUUUACUAUGUGAUUUUAGUGAAUGUCACUUUUUGACAUUUUUAAAUUUCCCGCCGGUUACGUCCCCCGUACGUCCUGACGUCGCAGGUUAAAGAACCCGAAAGACAGAUGCUGGCAUCAGCCGGAGGAGAUGGCAGCGGAUGCUGCAGGGGACACAUCGCGGGAGCGCAGGACAAGGUAAGUGCAGAAGGGAUCCUGGAGCAACGCUGCAAGGUAUUCCCGAGUGUAGCUCAGGGUUACCGCUUGUGGUGCUGAAACUUUACCCCAAGCUAUACUCGAGAAUACCUCCAGGGAGGUUA